GGGCCGGAUUGAACGCGCUUCGGGGUCCUCCUUCCGUGAAGGCUUUGAUUACCAUGGCGGACGCUCAGCCUGUUUGCAGCUUCCUCUUCAAGAAGCGUCGCUCCGCGCCCGGCAGGGGUCAACGCAAGAGGCCGAGCAGCGACCAGGAGCCCGGUAGCAGCAGCGAUGAAGGCAGCACUGUGGUCAGGAAGGAGAGACGAAAGGAAGUUUCCAACCCCAUGAUUCAGAAGACAAAAAAAAGUAUGAAGACAAAGACCUCCUAUGGAUCAAGCAGUAGUGAUGAUGAUAACAAACCUGAAGGAAUUGGAAUUGCAUAUAAAUCAACGCGAUCUGCGAAACCUGUGGGUCCAGAGGACAUGGGAGCAACAGCUGUAUAUGAACUGGACACAGAGAAGGACAAAGAUGCCCAAGCCAUUUUUGAACGUAGCCAACAAAUCCAGAAGGAACUUCAAGGAAAGGAAGACGAUAAGAUUUAUCGAGGGAUUAAUAAUUAUCAAAAGUAUGUAAAGCCAAAAGAUACAUCCAUGGGAAAUGCUUCUUCGGGCAUGGUAAGGAAGGGACCAAUCCGAGCCCCAGAACAUCUCAGGGCCACUGUGAGGUGGGAUUACCAGCCUGAUAUAUGUAAAGACUACAAGGAAACUGGGUUUUGUGGCUUUGGAGAUAGCUGUAAAUUUCUGCAUGACCGAUCAGAUUAUAAGCAUGGGUGGCAAAUUGAGCGGGAACUGGAUGAGGGACGAUACGGACUUAAUGAUGAUGAAAAUUAUGAAGUGAGUAGUGAUGAGGAUGAACUGCCUUUCAAGUGUUUUAUUUGUAGAAGCUCCUUCAAGAACCCUGUGGUAACCAAGUGUAAACAUUACUUUUGUGAAAGCUGUGCCCUGCAACAUUAUCGCAAGUCUCAGCGAUGUUAUGUAUGUGACAAACAGACUAAUGGUGUCUUCAAUCCAGCCAAAGAACUGGUAACAAAAUUGGAAAAACGUAAGUCUGAAGAAGGUCCCCCUGAAGAUGCUGGAGAGCCAGAGUAGCAUUUUUUUUUUUACCAUUCUCAUGUCUUGCAUCCUUCAAAAAAAAUAAUUCGAUUGCAGAAUAAAUAAUUUAUAGAAAAAUGA